AAGCCUGCAGAGAGAGAGAGAGAGAGAGAGAGAGAGAGAGAGAUAUGGACAAGUGAAGGAUGAGAAGUGGGGAUAUUGGUGGUUAUAAAGAGCUUGUUGCAUAGCUCAAACCACCUCCUCUUCCCCUACCUUCCUCCCUCUCCUGCCAUUUCUUCAGCUUUCAUUGUCUGUCUCUGUGUUAGAGAGAGAGAGAGGGUGAUAAUGGGAAAUUGUCAAGCAAUUGAUGCAGCAACUUUGGUUAUACAACAUCCAAGUGGGAAAGAAGAGAAAUUUUAUUGGUCUGUGAGUGCAAGUGAGAUCAUGAAGACUAAUCCUGGCCACUAUGUUGCUCUGCUCAUCUCCACCACCUUGUGCCCCUCCAAUCCCAACAACAAUGGCGAUAAAAAAGACAAGAAUUUGAACCAGAAAGACAACAACAACAACAACAACAGCACUUCAGUUCGCUUGACACGCAUAAAGCUUCUCAGGCCAACUGAUACUCUUGUUCUUGGCCAAGUUUACAGGCUCAUCACCACUCAAGAGGUGAUGAAGGGUUUGUGGGCAAAGAAGCAAGCAAAGGUGAAGAGAAGCCACUCAAACCAGGUGGAAGCAGAGCAGCCACAGGAGAGGGUGAGAGAGAAGCCAGUACUGACAGCAGCCAGAAGAUCUGAGGCUUCUGAGCUGGAGAAGGACAACCAGGUGGCUAAACAUGAGAGAGGGCACCGACCAAGAACAGCAGCAACAUCAUCAACUCAUCAGUCUGCCAGUACUGCCAGGUCAAGAACAUGGCAGCCCUCAUUACACAGCAUCUCAGAGGCCACAGGCUGAUAUCCCAUGUUUCCUAAUCUUCCCACAUGAUGCGUAAGCAACAGUGGAGCAAUAUGGAUCAAUUGGUGCUCCAUCUGCAGAAGAUCAAAGCCCUACUCCUGCAUGACUUGUUAAAAAGUACUUUUGAGUUGAAACUUCAAUAGGGUUCAUUUAAGGGGGCAGGUAGAAAACUAAAUGAGCAUAGACUUUCUUUUUUACUUUUUCUUGAGGUGGAGAUCUGAGUAAGUUGUGUAUAGAAUAGAAAAGGGUGAAAUCUCUAGAAUCAAUGUAAUGAAGAGCUCUUGUUUAAUGGAAGUUCUAGUUCAAGAAGAAAACAUCUGUUUCUGAAC